GAACCCUCAGCGAUAAUCGUCGUCUGCUAGGCGCCGACCAACAAAACGUUUCGUGUAGUGCUAGUGAGUAAUAGUGAGGGAAAGGAAGUUCGUGCAUGCAUGAGGAGGAGACACAAUAGGUGAGGAGCUCAACAGAGCGCAGGUACUUCGACUACUAAACGAAGACAACAAAAUGUUCAAAAAGUUUACUGACAAAGAAAAUGUGUCGGGAGUUGUUCAGCUGAAAAGUUCGGUACAGAAGGCAAUUCGCACAAAGAUCUGUGAGCAGUUUCCGCUCCUGAGUGACCAAGUUCGUGACGAAGUAUUAUCAAAAAAAGACCAACUUCGAAUCGCCAAAUGUCAUGAGCAUAUCGAAAUUCUUAUAAAUGGGCAAGGCGAACCGUUGUUUUUCCGCCAACGCGAAGGACCGUAUUUUCCGGCGCUGCGCUUGUUGCACAAGUAUCCCUUCAUAUGCCCCUGGCUGCAGGUGGAUAAAGGAGCGAUUAAGUUCGUGUUAUCUGGUGCAAAUAUUAUGUGUCCAGGCCUCACAUCUCCGGGUGCUAAAAUGACUCCUGAUCUCGACAAAGAUACUGUUGUGGCCGUGAUGGCAGAAGGUAAGGAGCACGCUUUGGCAGUGGGCCUUACAUCAUUAUCGGUGGCAGAUAUCGCAGCUAAAAACAAAGGCAUCGGAGUAGAAAAUAUGCACUACCUCAAUGACGGCCUUUGGCAAAUGAAACCUGUCAAGUAAAGAAUCAUUUGCCAAAUUGAGUGAGUGUUAUUUCCGGGAAAUCGAAACACCGAAGGCGGUCUAGGACAGCAGAUUGAAUAGAAGGGGGGUCAACAUACAUAAAAGGAACUGGGCCCUGUACGCGUUACAAAGUUUUACACAGUAUCCUUUCUGAAGUAUGGGUGGCUGAAAUGAAGGAAAAAGACCCAAGUCUCUUUUUCUCGGUGGUUGCUGUUGUAACAGAACCGUAGUUUCCAGUACUGGAAGCAGGAUAGCAUGCUGAUAGGAGAGAAUAAAUUACAAUCCCAAGAGCAAGUCAUAACUGAGUACAUGUGUGCAUGAUUUGCUAAGACUGAUGUACAAUGCACAAGCAAAAAUGCUAAUGAUUAUAAUAAAUUACUGUUAUUUAA